AUGUCCUCAUCCCGAAUCCUGGGUGUCGGAAUUAUUGGAGCUGGGGUAGGUUGGAAUCUCCACUUCGAUCAUCCAUCACUCAAUGAUGAUGCUAUGCUCUUCUUUUCUACCCCUCACCCCCUUGGCCUUGACCGGAAGUGACACCACGUCUGACUAACUUGUUGUUACAAAGGAAGUGUUUCAAGUCUGCCAUGGACCUUGUCUUUUCCUUCUCUCCCACCAAUACAAAAUCGAGUCCAUCUGUGAUAUCUCCCAGACGCAACUGAAUCACAGUGCAACAAAAUUUCACAUCCCCCACAAGACUUCGGAGCCUCAGGAGGUCAUCGAACAUCCCAAGGUAGAUGUCGUCUUCAUCCUCACCUCGGAUGAUAGCCAUGAAGCUCUUGCAAUUGCUUCUCUCAAGGCCAAUAAGCAUGUCUUCGUCGAGAAGCCCAUGACCCUCUCCAUACCCUCUGCGGACCGGAUCCUUGCUGCCCAGAACGAGAGCAAGGCCAAGGCAUUCGUUGGAUACAUGCGUCGUUAUGCCCCCAGCUACGUAAAUGCUUUUAAGAGGGAGAUUGCAAGGAUCCCCAAGAUCCUCUAUGCCCGAGUGCGCGACUUUAGCGGUCCCAACGCUCAGUUCGUCAACCAGAGUGGCACGUUCCAGGUGAAGGGCACCGAUUUCCCACCAGGUACAAAUGAGGAACGCAUUCAGCGCUUUGAGAGUCUGUUCAAGGAAGCUUUCCACGGGCAGGAGAUUACCGACGAGAAGCGCAGGCUAUGUCGCUUCCUCGGCAGUCUUGGAUCUCAUGAUCUCUCACUUAUGCGCGAGACCCUUGGGUUCCCCGAGGCAGUUCUUGGUGCUUCGGCCAAUGAUCCUUUCUAUAACGCCAUUCUUUCUUUCCCGAAACAGCGAUGGGUCCCCGUACUCGGUUACGUACGAGAGUGGGAUUGA